UUUGUUCAGACCGGAAGUGAUUUGCAUGUGGUUUCAUCAUCAUACAGGACCGGCAAAAAGGUAGUCACUGUCAUACGUGCUUUACAGCAAUAACAAACGUCAAGGAAGGCGAUCAUGGCUUCAACAGGCGAGGCAAUUUAUACAUCUGAAACAUUAGGUAAUGAUGAAUCUGGUGAUGGAACAGAGAGUAAGCCAUACAAGACAGUAAUACAGGCAAUGAGACAUGCUGGAAAGGAACCAUUUCCCACAAUUAUGGCUGAUUGUUUGAAAGCAGAGGGAAAGCAAUUUGAGCCAGUAUCAAAAUCCCAAUUGAAGAAAGUAACGAAGAAUUGGCAAAGAGAACAAAACAAGUCUUCAGACAAAGAAAAAAGAGAGAAAGAAGAUAUGGAAAAAAGAACGAAGAAUUUAGAGGAAGCUAAAGACAUUAAAAUUACUCAAGAUGCAAGUUUGCCAGCACCCAAAAAGAUAAAGAUUAGAGAUACAGUUACAAAUAGAAAUACAAGAGUAAAAGUUAGUGGCUGGGUACAUCGGUGUAGAAGACAAGGAAAAAAUCUGAUGUUUAUAGUUUUAAGAGAUGGUACAGGAUUUCUACAGUGUGUUUUAUCUGAUACAUUGUGUCAAACGUAUGAUGCUUUACUUCUUGCCACAGAGGCAGCCAUUACUGUUUGGGGUGUUGUUAAAGAAGUUCCAGAAGGAAAGAAUGCUCCAGAUGGACAUGAACUGACAGCAGACUAUUGGGAAUUAGUUGGACCUUCUCCACCAGGUGGAGCUGAUAACAUACUCAAUGAGGAAGCCCAUGUAGAUGUACAGUUAGACAACAGGCAUAUGAUGAUAAGAGGAGAAAAUACAUCAAGAGUGCUAAGAAUGAGAUCUGUGAUAAUGCAUUGUUUUAGAGAAUUUUAUUUUGAGAAAGGAUUUGUUGAGGUAACACCUCCAUCCCUUGUACAGACACAAGUAGAAGGAGGAUCCACAUUGUUCAAACUAGAUUAUUUUGGAGAAGAGGCCUAUCUGACACAGUCCUCACAGUUAUAUUUAGAAACAGCUAUACCAGCCUUGGGUGAUUGUUUCUGUAUUAUGUCAUCAUUUAGAGCUGAACAUUCUAGAACCAGAAGACAUUUAUCAGAGUACACUCAUAUAGAAGGUGAAUUACCUUUCAUAGAUUUUGAGGAUUUAUUACAACAUGUAGAAGACUUGAUCUGUGGUGUGGUUGACAGAGUGAUGGCAUCACCCUAUGGAAAAAUAGUGAAAGAACUUAACCCUGACUUUCAACCACCCAAGAGACCAUUUAUGAGAAUGAAAUAUGUUGAUGCUAUAGAAUACUUGAGGAACAACAACAUCAAGAAAGAUGAUGACACAUUUUAUGAAUUUGGAGAUGAUAUUCCAGAAGCACCAGAGAGAAAGAUGACAGACAAGAUUAAUCUACCUAUCUUCCUGACACAUUUCCCAACGGAAAUUAAAUCAUUUUAUAUGCAGCGUUGUAAAGAUGACCCUAGGGUUACUGAAUCUGUAGAUGUAUUAAUGCCUGGAGUAGGAGAGAUAACGGGAGGUUCUAUGAGGAUUUGGCAUGAACAAGAACUUCAGGAAGGUUUCAAACGAGAAGGAAUAGAUCCUAAACCAUAUUAUUGGUAUCUAGAUCAGAGAAAGUAUGGAACCUGUCCUCAUGGUGGUUAUGGAUUAGGGUUGGAGAGAUUUAUUUGUUGGUUGCUCAAAAUAGACCAUAUUAGAGAUGUCGUACUAUACCCUAGGUUUACAGAGAGAUGUAAACCUUGAAGAGAACUUUGAUUAAACUAGUAGACUUAAAAAUAAACUUAUUUAUUGGUCAAAAUGGUGCAAUUUUUUAAACCACAUACAUACUGUUUUAAUAUUGAUCUGCGUUAUCUUUAGUGCUUAAAGUAGGAAUUAUAGUCUUAAACUUACAAAUGUCAAUGUCAGUUUUUACUUUUAAUUAUUUUCAGUAGUGGAAAUAAAAUUGGCAUUAAGAUUGAGUCUCAAAGAAUUUGUCAAGAUCAUGCAAAUAAAAAUAUAAAUUUAGA